ACCCACUGCUCCGAGGAGAACCGACUCAGGGUGUCCUCCGGCGGGACCCCCUUUAUACCCUUGUCGAGUCUGACGGAGAGCUGGUCCUUAUUUUUGCCCCUUCCCAGACUGUUGUCCCCCCCUGGGGCUGGAUGCUGGAUCCCGGUGGGGGCUGGAUGCUGGACCCCAUGCGGUGUGGCCGUCCGUGCACGCCCGUGGUUCACGCAUGUCCGUGUGAGUGUCUGCUGGGACUGCGUGCGCAGCCUGGCUCCUGCUUGGUCCCGGGGUGGGCAGCGGUGGCAGCCGGGUGGUGGAGGAACCGGCAAACCCCCCAGGGAAAUGCCGGCGGGCGGUGCUCGCGGUCGCUCCCGCCGGUGGGCUAAGAGCCGCGCUGAGAGCGAUGCCCUGUUUCCCCGGUGUCUGCGGCCGAGCCCCGGGUCAGGUCUUGGUGCCAGCCCAGGGAGGCGAUGGCCGUGUUGCGGUGGGCAGCGGUGACCGUGUCACCAUGACGUCACCUCGCGCCUGUGACACGGGUGCCCCGGCGCCUAUAAAAGGGGCUGCUCCCGGAGGCGGAGGAACAUUCCGGGGAGAACCUCGGUGCUGUUGGGCAGGAGUUUCGAGGAGAGUCGCCAAUGACCUGUCCUGUGUCCGCAAUGCAGCAGAACGUCUCUGGCGGUGGAGAGGAGGGUAUAACCACCCAGGCAGAAGCGGUGAAAGAAGACCUCCGCGUGGUCUGGGUGCACCUGGCCCGGUGUUCCGCGGCAUCCCAAAGCCACAGGGCGCUGCUGCGGUGUCUGGUAGGUGCGGAGCGGUCCCCUUGUCCCCGGGGACUGGGGCUGCGAGACCGGAGCCCCUGACCCCUCCUUUCGCCACGCAGGGGCAGAAGCAGCAGGAGCUGCAGAAAACCGUGGAGCGGCUCACCUUGGAGAACUGUCUCGUGGCGCGCUCUUUCGAAGAGAACGGCCAGGAGCUCCAGCAGCUGGAGGUGCAGGUGGCCCAGAUGAAGAAGCGCUUUCAAAUAGCAAAGAGAGAGGCAGCCGCAAGCCUGGAAGAGGCACGGAAGGCAGCAAAGGCUGAGGCGACCGGUCAAGGAGCCGGCAGAGAUGCUGAGCAGAGCUCCGCACUGACGGCAAGCAGCAAGGAGCUGCUGCAGCCUAUGGAGGAAAAGUUCCGUGCCCUGAUAGCAUCCUGGCUCAAGGAGGACAAGCAGGAGAACGAGGUGCUGCGUCAGGAAAUAAGAAAUCUGGAAGAGACACUGGAGGAGGAAGAGGGCUGCCAGUAUCAGAGGAAGAAGGAGGCAGAGAUGCCGGAGACUGUGCUGCCGAAGGUGGUGGAAGCACAGCUGGAGAGGGACGUGCUGGCGAGGAGACGCGGUUUCAGUUACUGGCUGCAGACACUCCUCCUGCUCUUUGUCAGCCUGGAGCUGGCCAUCAUCUUUGCAGUGGCUGCUGCCAUGCUUUACGCAUCCUGGUACAACCCCGAGGUCUUCCACCGCCUGCUGCCCGAGGAAGCCUACGCCAACCUGACAUGUGUGCUGGAAGCCUACGCCAACCUGGCAUGCGUGCUGGGAAAGGCCCUCCGAGCAGCCAGUGAGGGGCUGCUGCCUUUUUGA